GAUUUAACUAUGAAAAUAAGAGAGAAUUGACGUGAAUCAACAAAUGAUGACAUGGCGCGGCAUGGCGUGGCAUGGCAUGACCUGACAUCCAAAGCUUUCUCUAAUGAUAAUCUAUCCUCAUCGAUAUCUUCUCUAUCAAAUAGGAAAAAGCUACAUUGCAUACAUUUUCACAUCUCUACGCACAAAACGACACUGUGUCUAUGUUCGCAAUUGCCACUCUUACCUAGGAGCUCGGGUUUUACUAUCUCACUCUACUCGCAGUCUUAUCUCAUGGGACAAAGAAAAGAACUACCUGCUACCAUUCCAGCCCAUUGCAUCCGCAUCCGCAUCCCACCAAACAGUGCAUAGGGUUUGAUUAAAAAGUCUAGAUUGUUAUUGUGGCUACCAGAAUCCUAGUUGUCUAUCGGAUUUACUCCUGAUUCCAUAUCAUCCGACUUACCCACGACUCUCGUGUUCAUCUGGUGCUUUCCCGCCCUCAAAUUGCACAGACAGUUAUCACUGGGUUCUGUUCGGAAUAUCUGAUAAAUACAAAGGUUGAGUUUGUCGUACGCAAAUUUGGAUUGAUUCAACCAGAAUCAUAUAUCUUUCAAGACACUAUUUGACAUUCAAAAGUCGACAAGAUGGUGGAUAGUUUCACUGGAAUUGCUUCAAUGCCCAAUGAGCUCCUCAUCACUGUCCUUUCACUCUUUUCUACCCGUCGACUUCUUCCGCUCGCAUGCACCUGCCAUCGUUUCCAUGAUCUCAUAAUCCGAAUCAUACACCAUCGCCUUAUUGCAGCAGCGGCUUUGAAGAAUCAUAAAUUGAUCCUUGAAUGUUUUCAUCCCUCUACGAAACUUAUCACCCCGUACGCUUUGUGCGAUUAUCUUGGUACAGAUGGACUAAGUGACGACGUUGUUGGAGAGGGAGAUGUAUACAAAGAUGUCAACAGUACCGGGAGAUUAGGUAAAAUGGCCGGUCUAUAUUCGCACUUUAGGCCACUUCAGCCUGAAGAAAGAAUUCGACAUCUAGCAGGCAGUACUAGACCAACCCAUUUACCAGAAUCAGAAGACAGGCUUGUAUCUCAAAUCAUCGAUCUCGAGUCACAUGAACUUUUCUCGCAGCUUUGCACCAUCACCAAUAUCGUAAAGGUUGGUCCAAAACGAGGAUUGCUUCUAAGUUGCGUUAACGUUGGUGAGGGGGUCAUAAGAGUUUUUAGAGACUGGAUGUCGGAUCGCGUUGAAGCGAAUGAGAGGCACAUUGACAACCCAGAGGAAUGCAACAAACGGCUCUUGUGGAGCGAUACUGAGAAACAUGUUGGAUUGAAAUUUAAAGUUUCUAAGUGGGAAGAAGCACCUGCUCCAAUUUUGCUACCCCGUGAUGAGGAAGCUCCCGUUUUCUAUAAGCUCCAAUGUGAAGGUAAGCCGAGUUUGCAAGAGAUUAGAGGGAAGAGUACUGAUGAUUCCUUUCAGAAUUGGUCCUAAGAACAACGCAACUUCUCCUUCAUAUCGAAGAAUCGUUGACAAGAGAAGUCGAACACUCAAGUAAGGCAAUCGUAAUAGGUUCCUGGGAUUAUUGAUACAUUUUUCGCCUUGUAUCGCUCCAAAGAGUACCGGAUAACAACGAACUGCUUGAACUGCAGGUGCUUCAUCGUUUGAGUCCUUGAUUUAAAUGCUUACUACGCUUUAUUUAGUUUUAUGAUUCACAUGUACUUUCGAGGGCGUUUAUUAGAUUUCAACUUACUGGAGUAUGAAAAUAUUGAUAAAUGCGAUUUAUUCAAAUAUUGAUAGGCGGGAUAGGCUAGAGGGAUUUUCUCAGAACCAAUGGGUUUAGAUGAGUUUAGUAAACUCUUUGUAAAAACUCUCUUAAAUUAGAUGGACACAGCCUUUUGCUGUUGGCCGUUGUUGGUCGUUGGUCGUUGGUCGUUGUUAUUCGUUAUUCGUCGUUUGUUACCAGUCGUACUAUUGGAGUGGUAAAAAGCGUAACGGCUGUGACUAGGGUACGAGAAGCUUUGUCCUCAGCACCUUCCAAAUCCAACAUCACACCGUUAGUUCGAGGGAUAUAACUUUGGGUGAAUGCAACUUUGCCUAGCCACAUUUGCGCGUUUAGGGUGGUAUUGGUGGUCAAUAGAGCGUAAGCUGCGCCCGCAAAGUUUGAAGCGUUUUUAUAUUACUCCGUAAAGCUCACAGAGUUUGAAGCGUUCUAAAACUAGAGCAGCAAGAGUAUCUUCUUAUAUUACUCCGUAAAGCUUACUUGAUAGGUAGUUGGAGGGUGGGGGUCCGUGCGCUUCCCUCUCUCAACCCCAUCCCCCUCCAGCGUGAAUUGAAAACUUUUGCAGCUGCAGGCUGUGCCCCGAGAUUCGAGAUCCAUUCA